AUGAUCAACGACUGCGAGCAAAUUAAUACUAAAAAUGAAGAAAAUAUAAUUUUGGAAGCUUUAAGACUUUCUCAGUAUUUCUUUGUAUGCACUUCAUUUCUUUACUUGAGCACUGCAGCCUUUUUUAUAAUUACUCCAGCUUUGACUUAUAAUUCUGAAAAAAGAGAAUUAAUUCUACAGUCUGCAUUUCCUUUUGAAGCAGAAAAAUCACCAGCAUUUGAAAUAAUUUUUUUAAUUCACUCCUUCACAACUUUUGUGGGAAGCUUCGGAAAUGCUUUUAUAGAUGGUCUUUUUAUUAUGAUGAUAUCACACGGGUGUGCAAAAAUUGAAAUGGUAAAAGAGGAAAUCGUGCGCUUUUCAAAAAUUGUUAGCCUAAGUGACGAAAGAAAUGUUCGAAAGUCUGCCACGACCAAUUUAGUUGAGAUGUAUCAAAAGACAAUAGAAUUUACGCAGAAAAUCGAAUAUAUUUAUUCCUAUCAAUUGCUAGUCCAGGUUAUAUUGAGUAUUUUAGAAAUCUGUGCGACAGGAUUUACAUUCAUUACAGUAACACAAGACAAUGAUUUGGGGCGUGUGGAUGUUACCAAAUUAAUGAAAUUUAUGGUAAUAUUCAUGGCUGGUUUGUGGGUUACGGGAGUAUAUUGUUCCGGUGGGGAUUAUUUACGUAAUAAGAAUGAAUCAGUUCAGCGUGAAAUAUAUUCUUGUAAGUGGUACGAAAUGCGAGCAGCCGAUUGCAAAUCGAUUUGGAUCAUCAUGAUUCGAUCUCAAAGGCCGAUAACAAUUACAGCUGGAAAAUUUAUUAAUAUGACCCUUGACAGCUACACCAAAAUUUUGAAGUCUUCUAUCUCCUGUCUCUCGCUGUUACGGGCAAUUAAUUGA